CGUUGUUCCAGUGUGCAUUUCAACUUACUAAGCUCAGGGAGCAACACAAUGCAGAAAAUUCUAUCAUCCCUUGUUAUUGCCAUCGUUGCUGGCGUUGCUGUUGACUCUGCCGCAGUCGAUCUGACGAGUAAAUCAGUGGGCAAACGAGAUCUAUGGCAAUAUAGUGGAUUUGAAGGGGGAUAUCAUGGCGGUUCAGGAAUCCAGGAACGAUCGUUCUCUGGAGCCUGGAACUCCGGACACGGUGCUGAACAACAUCAGCCACAACAACAGGAACAACACUUCCAGGGUCAUCAGGAACAUUCACAGCAACUGAGGGUCCCGGCUGUUCAUGAAUGGCACAGCGAUGGAGGUUAUGGAGGCAAUCAGGGUCACCAGGAUGCCUGGAAGCCAACAUCCUUCGGCGCAUCCCGAUCGCUGCAUGGAAUCAACAGUCACAGCGUAGAAUCCAACGAGAAAGAGCAUACGCAGAAUGAGUGGCAUGGGGAUGAGAGCCAGGAACGAGGACACGAUGGAGGUCACGGAGGUCACGAAGCUCACAUUGAAGAUCACGAGCAUGCUCACCACCAUCACCAUCAUCAUCAUGUUAAGGUUAUUGAGGUUCCAAAACCUUUCCCUGUACAUGUGGAAAAGCCAUAUCCAGUGUAUGUUGAAAAGCCAGUUAUUGUGGAGAAGCACGUGCCAAUCAAGCUGCUGAUCACCAAGAAGUAUCACUCACAUAAACACUGAUGAGUGAAUACUUCUAGUUUAACCUUAGGAUAGAUGUCAGUCAAAGUCGUAGUUAUUAAGUUAGUUAAA